AAUGUCAGAUUGGUUGAAGUCGAAUAUCUCCUAAUCUGGUAAUUUUGAGCGAGUCGUAGAGGUUGAGAAAGUUCCAGCCCUUGCCCCAGUGGCUUUUGUUGCUGGGGGAAAGUUGUCACACAAUUUCAGCCAAUUAUAGACCGAUUGAACAUCCGAGAAGACUGCUGGCAUCCAGAAAUAACGACAUUUGGGUACAAUUCCGGCGUCGAAGUAGAGUUUGAACAAUCAACGCCUACAUACAAUCAUCAACUACGUUGAACUCAGAACCUAAUAUACUGCCCUAAUCUACAAUUCGGCUGACGCACCGAGAGACAAUGUCCUCAAUAACCAACGUCAUGCGUCUCUUAAACAAUGUCAUCACUGGUGAAUACCCAGAACAUCUUCCACGUUCUAGCUCCGAAGUCAUCACAUUACUUAGAGAGUUGAAGUCCCGGGAGGAGGUUUACCUCUCGCAUUAUCGAAGAAUGAAAGAGGUCACAAACCACGAGUUGAAGGAAAUGUAUGACUUUGUAGCAGCUUCUAUCAUAAUGGUCACAGACAUUACCAAGGAGGUCAUGGAGCUGGCUUCUAUCGAUUCUAGGGUUAAAUCAUUCCAUGUAUACGAGGCCCUCAAAAUUCUUCAUCUGGCAUUCGGUGCGUUUCAGAGGUUGGCCGGCAAAGUCAAAACGCUUCCCCAGCCAGAAAAAGACCGUUGCUUCGGCUACCUGGGAGGUUGCUACAACUACUCCAUUCUAUUUCAGAAACUCCUCUAUCCCGAAGACGAAUGCGAUCACCUCGAAAUCUACGACCAAGCUCUCAGGCAUGAUUUCCAAUUCUGUUUCAAGAUAGAUACCGAUCAGGAUUACUCUUCGCCAGGCUCAUUUCUGAGAAACGGAUUUGAGAAAACGCUCAGCGCAUGUAUACCUCCUGCAGAUCAAAUACCUGUAUACUGUCAUUUGACAGCACAGCCCGACAAGCCGGUGUGCCCCCAGUUUUAUCGGAAUCCCAAUUUCUAUGGGCCAAGAAACCUUCGGAAUCAGAAUCAUGAAUCGAAUAGAGAAUAUUUCAGGAUGAAGGAAGAUAGGGAGCGAGGGGUGUGUCACAAGAAGGCGGCGACGAAUAAUGAUAUAAGCUACAACCAUGGAGGAAAAGUGGUCAAAGAAUCGAAAGUACAGGUAAUGCGUCGACGGAAGCGGCAGACGCGCCAUCUGGAGGCGCAAUCUGGGUCAACACACAGAGCAUCAUAAGGAAAAGCCAGAUUUGGGCGUUAAGUGAUGAGAUAUACUUUAUGAUAAUGAUAAUGGAGAUAUAUGAUGAACAGAAUUACGAGGAACAGAUACACGACGAACAAUAUACGACGAACUGUAGCAUGAUGAAAUAGAAUAUUAGGCUUGAUGGGAUAGUGGAAUGAAUCGCUGAGAUCUUUUACUUGUACAAGACAAUGAAUCAUG